AUGUCAGAAGAAGAAGAAUUUGAUAUCGCAACUUCAUUAGUAGCCAAACUGGAUGAUGAGUCAAGUGAAGAACUAUCUGAAAGCUCUGACGAAGAAGGAGAUUACCAAGAUGAAAUAAUAUCACUGGAUGAAGAAGAAAAAAAACUGAAAGAACCACCGAAAAAGAAAACCAAAUUAAAUAAUUCAGAAGCUGCAUUUCCAAGUCUAGAGUUAUCAGAUGAUGAGAACGAAGCUGAAGAUGAUAAUAAAAUAAGUUCAUAUUUUGCAACAAACAACCCAACAGCUAAAAAAGCCAAAAAUGGUUCAUUUGCAUCUUUUGGAUUAUCAAAAUUCAUUUUAACAAACAUUGCCAAAAAGGGAUAUAGACAACCAACACCAAUUCAAAGAAAAUCGAUCCCAUUGAUCAUAGAUAAUAGAGAUGUUGUGGGGAUGGCACGUACUGGUUCAGGUAAAACAGCAGCUUUUGUAUUACCUUUAAUUGAAAAAUUAAAAACUCGUAGUACAAGUGGAGUAAGAGCAGUUAUAUUAUCACCAUCAAGAGAAUUAGCAUUACAAACAUAUAAACAAGUUAAAGAAUUCAGUCAUGGAACUAAUUUACAAUCUAUCGUAUUAAUUGGUGGGAAUUCAUUAGAAGAAGAUUUUGGUAAAAUGAUGAGUAAACCUGAUAUAAUUGUUUGUACACCUGGUAGAUUUUUACAUUUAAAAGUUGAAAUGCAAUAUGAUUUGGGGAGUGUUCAAUAUAUAGUAUUUGAUGAAGCUGAUAGAUUAUUUGAAAUGGGAUUUGCAGAACAAUUAAAUGAAUUAUUAUUAGCAUUACCACCAAAUAGACAAUCGUUGUUGUUUUCAGCCACAUUACCAAGAUCAUUAGUUGAUUUUGCAAAAGCAGGAUUAAGUAACCCAGUAUUGGUACGAUUAGACGCGGAAUCGAAGAUAUCAGAAAAUUUACAAAUGGCGUAUUUUACAACCAAAAGAAAUGAAAGAGAAGCAAAUUUAUUAUACAUACUACAAGAAGUCAUUAAAAUGCCUUUAGGUACACAAGAAGAAAUUAAAAAAUUAGUAGCUAUGGAUAAAAGACAAAUAGACGAUAGUGAUGAUGAAGAUGAAGAUGGGAAGAAGAAAAAGUAUAAAUUCAAAAAGGAGAGAAUGCCUUCAGCUAAUCAAUUACCAUCAGAACAAUCAACAAUCAUAUUCGUGCCCACCAAACAUCAUGUUGAAUAUGUCACAAAACUUUUAAGAGACGCUGGAUAUUUAGUAUCUUACAUUUAUGGUACAUUAGAUCAACAUGCGAGAAAAAAUCAAUUAUAUUUAUUCAAAAUAGGUCUCACCAAGAUCCUCGUGGUUACAGAUGUUGCAGCAAGAGGUAUUGAUAUACCCGUUUUAGCAAAUGUUGUUAAUUUCACAUUACCAGGAUCAUCAAAAAUUUUCAUUCAUAGAGUUGGUAGAACAGCAAGGGCUGGUAAUAAAGGUUGGGCUUAUUCAAUUGUCAACUCAAAAGAACUACCAUACUUAUUAGAUUUAGAAUUAUUCUUAGGUAAAAAAAUACUAUUAACAUCAAUGCAUGAAGCUAAAUGUGAAAUGUUACAAAAGAAACAAGGAGAUUCAUACAUACCACCAAGAGUCAAUUAUACAGAAAGGUUAGUUGUUGGAUCAGUACCGAGAAUAGAUAUUGAAACCUUUCAAGAGCUUUAUGAAAAUUUAUUAAGAAACAAUUACGAAAUAAAAGUAUUAAAAGAUGUUGCAGCAAAAGGUGAAAAAUUAUAUCAUAGAACAAGACAAGCAGCAUCACAUGAAUCUUUAAAGAGAAGCAAAGAAAUUAUGGAAACUGGUUCAUGGGAUGAUCAACAUCUUUUAUUUGGAGAAAAUUUAGAAAGGAAAAAAGAAGAAUUUUUAAAUAAAUUACAGAAUAGAAAUGUUAAAGAAACUGUAUUUGAAUUACGUAAAAAGGGAAUUAAAGAAAAUGAUAGUCUUGCUGAAUUUAUGCACAAGAGAAGAAGACAGAUUGCCCCGAUUCAACGGAAAGCCCAAGAACGUCGUGAUUUAUUACAAAAAGAAAGAUUAGCAGGCUUAACUCAUGGUAUAGAAGAUGAAAUAUUAAAAGCUGAUGAUGAAAGAAACGGUUACAAUCAACAACUGGUCGGUGAAGAUGAGUUACAAAAUACCUUUGAAGAUGGUGAUAAAAAGAAAUCUUAUAGAGAUCCACAGUUUUUCAUGAGUCAUUAUGCUCCAGCUUCAGUGAUUCAAGACCAACAGUUAUCCAUAAAUUCAUCAUUUGCAAAUGAUGCACAAGCAGCAACUUUUGAUUUGGAUAAUGAUGAUAAAUCUCAAAAGAAUACACAAGUCAUGAAAUGGGAUAAAAAGAAAGGUAAAUACAUAAAUUCUCAAUCAACUGAUAAAAGAUUCAUUAUUAGUGAAAAUGGUACCAAAAUUCCAGCAUCUUUCAGAUCCGGUAAAUUCGAUGAAUGGAAAAAACAAAGAAACUUUAAACCAUCAACAUCACUUAAUUCAUCAACAACAUCAGAAUCUAAUCAAAGAUUUAAACAUAGGAAACAAAGUACUCCAAAAUUACCUGAUAAAUUUAGAGACGAUUAUCAUAAACAAAAGAAGAAAGUUGAAAAAGCUAUGGAUUCGGGUAUUAAUGUUAAAGGAUAUCAUAAACCAGGUCAACAACAAGAAAUUAAAUCAACUGAACAAAUUAGAAAAGCAAGAGCGUUAAAAGAGAAAAGAAGAGCUAAAAAUGCUCGUCCAAGUAAAAGAAGGUAA